GCGUCGCCCUCGGCCUCGGUGUCUGCGCCUCCUCAGGUCCGCCUCUCGCUGCUGCCUUUCCCCCGCCAUGUCAGUCAACUACGCGGCGGGACUGUCACCCUACGAGCACAAGGGGAAGUGCGGUCUACCCGAGAAUUUUGAUUCCCCUGAGGAGUUAGAGAGGAAAGUGUUGGAGCUGGCUGAUUUGGUACAAAAUGCCUCGUACUUGGUUGUGCACACUGGAGCAGGGAUCAGCACAUCCUCAGGAAUUCCUGACUUCAGGGGACCACGUGGAGUGUGGACGAUGGAAGAACAGGGCCUGGAACCCAAAUUUGAUACCACUUUCGAGGAAGCCAAGCCUUCCAAGACGCACAUGGCACUGGUGGCGCUUCAGAGGGUUGGCAUUGUGAAGUAUGUUAUCAGUCAGAACGUGGAUGGGCUUCAUGUCCGGUCAGGUUUACCAAGGGACAGACUUUCAGAGCUCCAUGGCAAUAUGUUUGUGGAAGAAUGCACCAAGUGCGGCAAACAGUAUGUUCGAGAUUCAGUAGUAGGCACCAUGGGACUAAAAGCAACAGGCCGCUUGUGUGAUGUUAAAAAGGCCAGAGGUCUUCGAGCAUGCAGAGGAAAAUUGCAAGAUACCAUUUUGGACUGGGAAGAUGCAUUACCUGACAGGGACCUCAGUUUGGCAGAUGAAGCCUGCAGGAAAUCUGAUAUGGCCAUCACAUUGGGGAGCUCUCUUCAAAUCAAACCGAGUGGAAAUCUGCCAUUUAAUACAAAAAAGAAAGGAGGAAAGUUGGUUAUUGUUAAUCUUCAAGCCACCAAGCUGGAUCGAUAUGCAGAUCUCCGAAUAUUUGGCUUUGUUGAUGAAGUUAUUACUAAAUUAAUGAAACGGCUCGGUGUUGAAAUACCUAAAUGGGAAGGACCCCUGGUAGUGGAGACAGCAGAACCAAUCAAGGAGGAGAUAGAGAACCAUCUUUCAGAGAAAGAAGAUCUGGACAAUAAACCCAAAAUCGAGAUCAAGCAGCAAAAUGGAGACGCUGAAGAAGAGGGAACGAGUGGCCUGAAAUCAAUAGCGUCCCUCUCCUCAAAAUCCAAUGGCUGCUUCAAACAAGAUUGCCAAGAUGUAGACUGUAGUAAUUUCGAGGCUAAACGUAUCAAGUUCGAGCCGGUCAUGGUGUGACACGUCACUAUGUGCAAUACCUUUGGGCAAUUUUCUUCUCGCAAACAUUGCUUAAUUGUGACUACCGUAUAUCCCGGUGACGAAGACGCACCUGCGUCGAAGACGUACCGCCAUUUUGAGUUGCUAAAUUUUGAAAAAAAAACAUUUGCCGUGGUGGCAGCCAUUUGCAUUUGCGUAUUGUUUUGCAUUCCGUAUUGUUUUCAUAUAAAACAAAGAUAAUGUAUAUACCGGUAAUAAAAAAAAUACAGCGUUUGGAAUAAA